GAUUUCACUGCAAACGUCUCAUGUUACAAAAGUUGAUACAUUUUUAACAUUUUUGAAUCUUUCUUAUUUUAAAAAGAUAAAUCAGCAUCGAUGUACAACCUCUUCAAUGUCCCUACGCAAAGCUGUCAGAUUACCCCGAAGGGCCUGGGUGAACAAUAACAAACAACAAUAACAAUCCGACACGUAAAUGCUUCGAGAGCCAACGCGAGAUUUAACAGCGCAAUUACUAUCUAUUCAACAUGCGCUAGUACGAAAGGUUUUCUAGUCAGCAGACUGCACAGUUCUAGUUGUGGCUCUCAGUUUUGCUCUAGUGAAAUCAAACGGUCAAGUAUUUCUGUGUAAACUGUUACCGCCUACACCUUUUCUUAACCCAAAAUUUGCGCUUGUUGUUUGCAACCUGGUGAUCAGGCGCAGGUAUUUAAAAAUUGGUAGGUAAAUAUUUGCAUUUAAUCAGCAGAGCCAUACGGGAAGAGGCACUCUCGUCUAGCGUCUAGCGAAAAGAAAACGUUGUUACACUUCGAUUUUCAGUGUUGUGAAGGACGGCAAACAUGGAAGAACCAGAUCGUGCUCCUGCAAAUAUCGAUGGUGCCUCACGGGGCCCAGACACAAUGACUGCCUCUCUCAGCUCGGAAGACAGCUGGACUCUGCUUGGAAAAGACAACGAUCAGCUGCACAAAGUCUCGAGCGGAGUGCAGGAGAUCGAGAAAGAAGAUGUUGCAGCGGAGAAGGAAGAAGCCAGCGCCCAGUUCAGCGAGAAACAGCGUCAUGAUAGUCACCGAAGCACUGACUCCCAGCUAGACGAAUCGUCCGAUGGCAUCAGCAUUAUCAGUGAGAGUGACGCGACUAGCUCCGACAAAAUGCUGGUAGAGGAUGAAUCGAAUUACAACCAGUCCACGGUUUAUUUCACACGAAAUAUUAACCUAAAGUUACCCGUUUAUGAACCGAUUACGCCACCAUACACUCCAGAUGAGGUGAAAACAACAAAUGCACAGGCACAAAUUGAAAUCAAAGCAGAUCCACAGCUAAAACAAACGGAUGAGCAAUCGAUAGAAACAAUAAGCUCGGUGGUGGAACAAAGUCAUCCUACACCUGUGAUCUGGACCAAGUGGAUCAUAUUUAAUCUGCUGGCCGUAGGCAUGGUGGCCGUCAUAUUCGGGAACUCAAUGCGACUCCAGAAUCGGGUAGACGAAAUUAACUUCGAGCACGAGAAGCGCAUCUCAGAGCUGGAGUUGGAAAAUAACAUUUUGAAGAACGAAAUGAACAAGCUGCGACAUCUUUACACGCGCUCCGAGCUAGAGGAACAAGUUCAGCGGGCUGAAUUUGAGUGGAUGGAUAUCUUGCGACAGGAGGCAAUGGCAAAUGCAUUUGAAGGAACUGCGGAAAAGAUUCCGGAAGAAGUAGAAGCAGCAACGGAAAGUACGGUCGCUCCACCACCGAUAAGAAUAGUGCCACCCCAAGAUGGCGGUGUGAAAAGAAAGGUCGUUUGGUCGGGGGAUGAAGAGGAACCGAUGCUGAUCGUGGACAAGGAUUACGUACUGCCUGCUUUCUGCUACAGCCGAGAUCAGGCGGUGCAGGAUGAUCUGUUUUCCGAGUAUAGUGCAAAGUAUUGUGACAUCAAGCAGCGAAAGAUCGAAGCAAAACAGAAAAAGGCGGAAUUUAUGCAGCGGAAAAAACACGCGAAGCCGGAAAAUUAUAACAAAUUCAUCCAUCCGAAAGCGUCCGAGCAAGCCGAGCGAGAGAAGCGCAUCGAUCCUGGUAAGCCAGCAUCGCCUUUUAACAUUGACUACCAGAAAGCGUUCGAUGCCAUUAAAGCGGAGGGCAGUGUUAUCGUAGAAGCGUUGGGUAGCAUUCUGGAUCUCUCUCCCGAACCAGAGGAAGCAAUGAAAGUGUACGCGAAGCCAGAAGAUAGCGAAAGUGUGUCCCCAGACAUUAAAAUUUCCGCACCAAUAGUUGCCCCUCUUUCAACGGACACCGAAGAGAUUAAAUCACAAUGUUACGAAAGUGAUUGCAAACAAGAAGCUAAAACAAAGAUGAACGAUGAUCCAAAACAGAGAAAGCAACGACCGAAUGAAAAUGAGCAUCACCGCAAAGAGGACAAACCAAAGAAAAGAGAAGAAAAAGAGUAUAGCAAACACAAAGCCGGUAAACCUAAAAGAAGUCGUGACGACAAUAGUCACUAUGACAGUAAAGAAAGCAAUAUUGGAUACCAAGAAAAGGACAAUCGCCAACAGAAAAGGUUUGAGGACAACUAUAAACAUGAAUUCAGUGUUAAAAGUAAGGGAGAGCAUCAUCAUCAUGACAAAAGCAAGCAUUAUCAGAAACGAAAAGAUGAUCGCCACUCGGACGAACAUUAUCGCAAACGUGACAGUGAUGAGGAUGACCAUUACCACCAAAAGUAUAAGCAGCGCGAGGAGUACAAAGCGCGUGACUACAAGCCCCAGCAGCAUCAUGCCAAUCUUGGCGAGCAGAAUCGGGGAAGUGGCGAGCGGCCUAAGCAUGUUGACGGUACUGGCGAAGGAUCUUACUUGGACGAGUAUAAAAAAACGGAAUGGAAACAGAGUCAUGAGCAUCAUCGCAACAACAAACAUGACCACAACAAUGACCAGCAGCGGGAACAAUCCAGUGGAGAUUGGAGCGAAAAGAGGUACAAGGGUCGAGAUGAAUACCGCCAGAAUGGUGGUAAACAUGGAGAGAAACAUUGGCACGAUCGUAUGAAGCAUGGUCGACAGGAGGCUAGGGAUGAGCAUAGAAAGCAGAUGGAAGUUGAAAACAACUGGUACCUAGAGAGAGGAAAUCGACGCGAGGAGGAGCGAAUUUUCCAGCAACCGAACGGUCCGACCCGGUGAAUUGAACUUUCCUACCUAAUAGUAACAACUGCUUUCGAUGCUCAACUUUAUGUUUUGUUGAAUCAAAUUUCGCAUUUCUUCUUUUAAUACAGUAUCCACCUAAAAGCGUUAUUUUUGUUUAGUUCGCGAAACCCUUAACAGCACGGUAGAUACUACAGGUUUGAUAUACGGCUUUUUGAUGAUACAUGUUUUAAUAGCAGCAACUAAAAUAAAAUAUGUGAUAUAUGAGAUUAGUAAACGUCUCUA